UCACUUGACUGCAACUGUAGUGGGGAAGUGGAAGGUGGCACUGUCUGAGGGCUGAGUUGGAAGACUUUUAAAGAAGCAAAUCCACUGGAAAAACUAUUUGCUGAGAUUAUUGAGCAUGUAAAAUGGAGUGAUGGCUUCAUAAGAGAGAAAAAGGUGAAGAGAUUGAGGAGGAGCAGGAAAGACCACUCAUCCGGCUCAUGAGUCGAGCAGCCGUAUGCCCAUAUAAGGGAGUGUGACUCCAUGACAGAGUCCCAGUGGGGUCUGUUCAUGCCCUAUCCUCAGGUUUGAGCGGGGGAAGGGGAGUGUGAGCACUAUGGACACUGACAGAUGGAAGGCGAGCCAGAGUGAGGAGUUCUUUAUCUCUGUCUCUGUCUAUUAGUGUGGGUAAAUUUGAACUGUUGGUCCAUAGUGAUGCGUCAGUGCAGAAGAGGACGAAAUGUAAAUUUGGAUCGGUGAUCUUUAUCUUCAAAAGAUCAAGAAAGAGGGGAACUGGAGCACUGUCUGGUGGGUGGCGACCAAUUAAGAACAAGUGGAUGAACAUACAAAACAUACAUUCUCCUCCAGAAAAGAAACCAAAUGGGGAAUCUGUUAAAAGUGCUCACUUGCACAGAGUUUGAUCAGGGGCCAAACUUUUUCCUUGACUUUGAAAAUGCGCAGCCGACAGACUGUGAGAGAGACGUGUGGAACCAGGUGAAUGCUGUACUCCAGGAGUCGGAGAGCAUCCUGUCUGGCUUACAGGCCUACAAGGGGGCGGGUCAGGAAAUACGAGAUGCAAUACAGAAUCCUAAUGACAUGCUCCUUCAGGAGAGGGCAUGGAACUCUGUGUGUCCCCUUGUUAUCCGCCUAAAGAAGUUCUAUGCCUUUUCAUUGAAACUAGAGGAAGCCCUGAAGAGCCUCUUGGAGUCACUGACAUGUCCACCUUACACUCCCACUCAGCACCUGGAGAGGGAGCAGGCCCUCGCUAAACAGUUUGCAGAAAUCCUGCAUUUCACCCUACGCUUUGAUGAACUGAAGAUGAGAAUUCCGGCCAUCCAGAAUGACUUCAGCUAUUACAGAAGAACAAUAAGUCGAAAUAGAUUAAACAACAUGAAUUUGGAUAUUGAAAAUGAGGUCAAUAAUGAAAUGGCAAACAGAAUGUCUCUAUUUUAUGCGGAGGCCACACCCAUGCUGAAGACUCUGAGCACAGCGACAACAAACUUUGUUACAGAGAAUAAGACAUUACCUCUUGAGAACACCACAGACUGCCUGAGCACCAUGGCAAGUGUAUGCAAGGUCAUGCUGGAGACGCCAGAAUACACAAGCCGGUUCAACAGUGAAGAGACUCUUCUCUUUUGUAUGAGGGUAAUGGUGGGGGUUAUUAUCCUUUACGACCAUGUGCAUCCAAACGGCGCUUUCAACAAAUCCUCAAAAAUUGAUAUGAAAGGGUGCAUUAAAGUCUUGAAAGAUCAGCCUGCAGAUAAUGUGGAAGGUCUCCUCAAUGCCCUCAAAUUCACCACAAAACACCUGAAUGAUGAGUCCACUCCAAAAAAUAUCCGAACAAUGCUUCAGUAAUGUUUUUUAGGUGAAGCGGGUCAAUAUUCUGACCUCAAAAGAUGUAUAUGUUUACAUUUAUUUAAGGACUUGAUGUUAAUACUUUGGUGUAUUUACAUAGUCAUUCCCUCCAAGUUACUUCAGUGUAAAAAAGUAAACCUUUAUUCUUAACAAAUUGUGCAAAAGCACAUAUGAAGAAACCAAGCAGCCUUAUGAAAAUGUAUUCAACGAACAAUAUUUGCAAUGCUGCUUUCAAAUAAAUAACAGUGAUCAUAUUAACCAAAGGAGAUGAUGCAUUGGUUGUGAGUUACACUGUACAGUGAAGUGCUAUUGGCUAUGGUGUAGUCAGUAGUGCAUGAGGAAAGUGUUUGGAUCGUUGUGCUUUUGUAAUAAGGUAAUGAUGAGAAAAGACAGUUCUGUAAAACACCAUAAUGUGAUGUAACCAAUUUUAUCUAUAUUUUCAAAUCUGUUUUGGCUAAAGGUGGAGAUAUCACCUUUUAUUUUUGUUAAUAGGUCAUGUGUGCUCUUCAUGUCUGUGUGCCUCUUUGUUUCUAACACGAUUGUUGCUCAUCAAUACAGCUUUCAAUUUUGAAAUAAAA